CCACGUUUGACCAAAGAUCAUGCAUUGUCUUCGUCUUCUAUGGUCUUAAAAGUUCGAAGAUGGGAAAAGAGAAAAGGAAAUCCAAAAUCUAGAAGAAAGAAACGCCAUUGAAAUAUGAAGUCUUCCUGGCCAACAAGCUAGGAAGAAGAUAUCGAGAUGUCGUGGCUUUCGAAUUCAAAUUCAAAAGUUGGGAGCCCGUCGGCAAGGCGGUCCGGUGGGAAUGGAUUGGUCGCCGUCGCCAUCGACAAAGACAAACCAAGCCAAUAUGCCAUCAAAUGGGCGACCGAAAAUAUAGUGUCUAAAGGCCAAACUGUCGUCCUCGUCCACGUUGCCACCAAUCAAACCCCGUCCCUCAGCAAACAACAACAGGAAAAACAAAAUAAAGACUUGUUCCUCACUUUCCAUUGCUUCUGCACACGCAAGGAAAUACAUUGCCUCGACAUUGUAAUCGACGGCCCCGAUGUAGCCAAGGCGUUAUUGGAUUACGUCUCCAAAUCCGCAAUCGAGAAUCUGGUUCUUGGUUCAUCCCGCCACACCUUUCUCAAAAGAUUGAAGGUGACGGAUAUCCCAACGUUAGUUUCAAAAGGGGCGCCGGAUUUCUGCACUGUUUAUGUAAUUUCGAAAUCGAAAAUUUCCUCCGUGAGAAAUGCGACUCGUCCGGCCCCUUUUGCUUCGCCUCUUUGCUCCCAAAUACAGCAGAUACAAGAGCAGUCUCAUAGCAGUCCUGUCAUGGCCGAUAUUCGCACCAAAACUUCUCCCAGUUUACGAGGGUUUGAUGAAAAGCAUGUGAGGUCUUUCAAGUUAGAGGAGAGCGAAUCAGUUAGGCCAUCAUGCCCAUCAUUUGAAAGAGUUACGAGAGGCAUUCCCAGGAGGAUGCUUGGGGAGAUGACGGAAACAGAUAUCGAUCUGUCAUUUGUGAGCUCCGGCAGGCCAAGCAGUGAUCGGAUGUCGUCUAUUGCCAAUCUCAAUGAUAUGGUGGAAUCUGGACGAACUCCACGCCUAUCAUCAAGCUCAGAUGGUAGCUUUGGCUCUGGGCUCAAUUCCUUCACUGAUUUUUCCUCCUCGUCUCUGGAUAAUCCAGUACAGGAUGAAGGGGAUGCUGAAAUGAGAAGGCUGAAGCUAGAGUUGCAGAAGACCAUGGAUUUGUACAGCACUGCCUGCAAAGAGGCACUCACUGCUAAGCAAAAGACAGCAGAGCUCCAACGGUGGAGGGUUGAAGAGGAAAGAAGGAUAAAAGAGGAAUCUAAGAGCAGUGGGGCUGAAAACGAACACAAUAAUAGCAGGUCACUGCCUGUAAGAUAUAGAAGAUACACUAUUGAUGAAAUUGAAGUAGCCACAGAAUAUUUCUCAGAAGCUCGCAAGAUUGGGGAAGGAGGAUAUGGCCCCGUGUUUAAAUGCUAUCUUGAUCAUACUGUGGUUGCUGUUAAGGUCUUGCGCCCUGAUGCUGCCCAAGGAAGGGAACAGUUUCAGCAAGAGGUUGAGAUACUAAGUUGCAUGAGACAUCCUAACAUGGUACUGCUUCUUGGAGCCUGCCCGGAGUAUGGCUGUCUGGUGUAUGAAUAUAUGGGUAAUGGCAGCGUGGAAGACCGGCUGAUGAGACGAGGAAACAAGCCUGCACUCUCAUGGCAAGUGAGGUUUAGGAUUGCAGCAGAGAUUGGUACUGGCCUCUUGUUUCUGCACCAGAACAAACCGGAGCCAAUAGUGCAUCGCGAUCUCAAACCAGCCAACGUUCUGUUAGAUCAGUACUAUGUGAGCAAGAUUAGCGAUGUUGGGUUAUCGAGGCUGGUGCCACCAACAGUAUCUGAAGGUGUAACGCAGUUGCGAAUGACCUCAGCAGCUGGAACCUUCUGCUACAUAGAUCCCGAGUACCAACAGACCGGAAUGCUUGGGGUAAAGUCCGAUGUUUAUUCCUUUGGCAUCGUGCUUCUCCAGUUGCUGACAGCCAAGGCAGCAAUGGGCAUAUCUCACCACGUUGGUCGUGCCAUCGAUAAGGGAGUAUUCACAGAGAUGCUAGACCCUGUUGUUCCUGACUGGCCUGUUGAAGAGGCCCUGACCAUGGCAAAAUUAGCCCUCCAAUGUUCAGAGUUGAGAAGAAAAGACAGACCUGACUUGGGCAAAGAAGUCUUGCCACAACUUGAUAGAUUGAGAGCUUUAGCAGAUGAAAGUAUCAGUCAUUUCUUGGUUGGUGGUGGUGCAGUUUCCUCCCCCUGUCAUAGUCAGGCUUCUGCAACACAAGAAGUAUUAAGUAACUCACAAGUACACUCAGAAGUCAAUAACCCAUCAAGCUCUUCAAUGUCAACAGGAGGCCUAUCAGGUCCUGCUUUGUGAUUCAAAUUCAGCAGAUACAGCUUAGCUAUUCACUGUGUUAGAGGAGAAUGAAGCUCAGGCUGGAAUGCCAUAGAAGCUAAUCAUAUAUCCCCACAGAUUGCUUAGGAUGUUAGUGUAAAUCUCAGACAAUAUUUUGAGAAACAUUUGAGUGGAAGAAGAAAUCUACAUUAAUAUUUUGAACCAGUAAAUACCUUUCAUGUGAACAAUAGGGAAAGAUUACACUGGAUAUUCUUUUGUAUAUGUAUGUAUGAUAUAAUGUAUUUCUUUGUACAUAUAAUGAGAGUGAGCAUUGAACUUGCAACUAUACUAAAGGUCUUUGGCAA